CUCCAGGCGAUUUGAUCAAGCUCAGCUCGUUAUUAAUUGAAAGACGUGGGAGACUUGAUUCUGUUCAGACGUAUAGUCAUUCUACAACAAGCGCGAUAGUGAUCUGAGAAUAAAAGAACCCUUCGAAACCCACAGCUACUUCGGACAGUAUAGCAUCAGUAUGCCUGCCAGCCCUCGCAUUCCGUCUUCGGCCUCAAGACUUCAGAGUCUGCUCGUGCCUCGGCCCCCGACACCUUGUCUGCUUCCGCUACGUUCCAUCUGGCAACCGGCUGCGAUCCAUACACCGAAAAGCGUGCAGGCUCGGUUUAACAGCGGCGUGACCAAAGACUGGAAGGGUACUGGGUCAGAGGAUCACGCAGUGGACCGAACACAGAAGCGGGACACCACGGACCCAACGACGGAUGCGUCGGCUUCAGUAAUGAAGGACAGGGAGGAGAGCGAGGGGAUUGCCAAUAGCUCGAAACCUCAGGGAGCAACGGAGCGGGGGGGCACGAAGCAUGGAAGAAAGGCAAAGCAAGAGCAUCCAAAGGCACCAGAACCGAUCAUUGGAAUGAAUGAUGAGAGAGGCCAGGUGAGUUGAUUUC